AUGAAGGUUCGCAGGCUGUCUGAUGGCUAUGUGAUUGGAGGCUGGGCUGCAGAGUACAAAGGCCAUGCCGAUGAGGAGGGCGUGAAGAAAGUUCUCAAGAGCGACCUUGAUGGAAUGUUCAAGAGACGAUUCCCAAAGGACGAUCACGAGAUGUUUGAAUUGAAGUACAUUGUGAGGGUGCAUGAGGUGGAGAACAGCUAUGGCACGGUCCUUUCCUCCAUCUGCUUCUGCUCCUUCAUCUACCCGAUCGCGACUCCAUCUGUGCCGUCUGAGCAGUCCUGA